UGGCACCCCGCUCCGCCCGCCCCUCGGCGCCGCUUGGCGGGAAGGGCCUGGCUUUGGCGGGCUCGGAGGAGAGGCGGCCGGCGGGAAGGGGACAGCCGGGCAGCCGCAGCCCACCCCGGCGCGCAGGGAGCAGCUCCGAGCACCUCUCCCCCACCAUGCCUGCCGAGGGGGAGGUGCCGAGCGCGGCGGCCGCCGGCCCGGAGUCCGGCGAGCUGCAGUACCUGCGGCAGGUCCGGCACAUCCUGCAGCACGGCCACCGAAAGGAGGAUCGCACGGGCACCGGCACCAUCUCCGUCUUCGGCAUGCAGGCGCGGUACAGCCUGAGAGAUCAGUUUCCACUGCUAACAACGAAGAGGGUAUUCUGGAAAGGAGUGCUGGAGGAGCUGCUGUGGUUCAUCAAGGGUUCUACAAAUGCCAAAGAGCUCUCUGCCAAGGGUGUGAAGAUUUGGGAUGCUAAUGGGUCGCGUGAGUUCCUGGAUAAGCAGGGUUUCAGCACCAGAGAGGAGGGGGAUUUGGGGCCAGUUUAUGGUUUCCAGUGGAGGCACUUUGGAGCAGAAUACAAAGAUAUGCACACAGAUGUUGGUGCACUACAUUCAUUGGAGACUGUGGAAGAGAAAGAUUCCUCCAUUCUGCAGCUGGAACAAAAUUAUUCCAACCAAGGAGUUGAUCAGUUGCAAAAAGUGAUUGAAACGAUCAAAACCAACCCAGAUGACAGAAGAAUCAUUAUGUGUGCUUGGAAUCCCAAAGAUAUUUCUCUGAUGGCUUUGCCUCCAUGCCAUGCUCUUUGCCAGUUCUAUGUUCUAAAUGGUGAAUUGUCGUGCCAACUCUAUCAGAGGUCUGGAGAUAUGGGACUGGGAGUGCCUUUCAAUAUUGCCAGCUAUUCACUGCUUACAUACAUGAUUGCCCAUGUCACGGGGCUAAAGCCUGGAGAGUUCAUACACACAUUAGGAGAUGCUCACAUAUAUCUGAAUCAUGUGGAACCUCUAAAAGUUCAACUUCAGAGGGAGCCAAGACCUUUCCCCAAACUCAGAAUUAUUCGUAAGGUUGAAGAUAUCAGUGACUUUAAGGCAGAAGACUUUCAGAUUGAAGAUUAUAAUCCUCAUCCAUCUAUUAAAAUGGAGAUGGCUGUUUAGUGCUAUAAACCAGCUUCUAUUAAUGUGGAAAUGUGCCUAAGUAGUAAAGUAAGUACUCUUAAGUACUAAAUGUAUUUCAAGUUAUGGAGUUUUUAUAUAUUUUGGAAAGAGACAUACUUCAUUACUGAAAAAGAAGCAGGUGCUAGUAGACCAGUACUGCCUUCAGUACUAAACUGUAGUCAUACAGAACAGGUGAUUAUUUAUUCCUGCUGUACUAUGCAGAUGCUAACCCAGUUUUAAGUUGCUAGUGAGAUGCUUGUUUUCUACAUAUCGUUUCAGCUACCAGUGGCCACAUCUAUUACCAUUCAGUUACUAUGUGUAAGUAGUGCUUGCUUACAUGCUGUAUUUAGUACUGAAAAUAAGAACUUCUAUGUAUUAUAGAGGGUUCCUUCAAGGUUGUAGCAGUCUUUGUUCUAAAAAGUAUAUGUUUAAUAAAGCUUUUUAAAAAAAAUCUUCUGGGAG